AUGGCUUCUAAUAAGGCCAAUUUAUCGACGGAGAAAACGGCAGAGAUCAAUUCAGAAAAGCAAAAGGCCCCGGCGGUGAAGCUGCCCUGCCUACAGUGCAAAGAAAAACAUGUCAAAUGCGACGAGCAACGCCCCAAAUGCCAUCGCUGCGUUGUCAAGAACUUGGCCUGCGAUAGGCCUACCAAAAAGACGGUAUUUCGACUGGAUGCCACCGCCAACAAAUUCUCCAACAGUCAAGAAUGGGUAAACAGCCAGCCUAAAAAAUUUCGCUUCCAUGCAAGCACACCUGUCGACGACGAAAGCAGUGUUGAGUUUGAACAGCCGACUCAGAGUACCAAAAGGAAACGCAACACAAAUGAAGAUGCAGAAGCCUUCGAUCCAACUAUAGGUGGAAGCAGUGCGGGGACGGAUCAUGCAUCUCCCAGUAACCCACCGCUCAUGUCAACGGCUGAGCGCACGGUGAUGCCGUCUAUCCAGUACCUCACCAACCCCGACCCCUACUUUUCCAACUUUAGCGUCCACAGUGACGCUCGAGGUUUACCUCCAUCUAAAAUAAUUGGCAUCCAUACGCCGCCUUUGGUUGAGCCUGCAGAGGAGUAUCGCAUAUUCCCAUUGCAAGACGUCCAAGAAGCCUGCCUUCUCCGCUACUUUGUCGACGAAGUCUCCAGAUGGUUUGAUCUCUGUGAUGCGAACCGCCACUUUCAACUUGUGGUCCCACUUCGUGCUCGUCGUCAUCCGCAUCUACUCAACGCCAUCUUUGCCGUUUCGGCACGCCAUCUGUCACGCCUUCCCAAGUAUAGAACCCCAGAAGGCAUAAUGUACCAUGGCCAGCUGUUGAAAAACCUCACACAAAACGACGCACUCAGCUACAUGCUGAAAUGUAUGCCAGCUCUUCACCAAUUCCACAACACAGAGGACGACGACUUUCGAGACAGUGUCGCCGCCACGGCAGUGAUCCUUAGGCAGCUGGAAGAAAUUGAUGACGAUGAAGACUACUCUCAAGAACAAGACGGCCCUGGCAUCUUCGACGGAAAGCGCCUAAAUUUCUUGUCCAUUAUAAACACGGUGCUGAAAGACAGCGACCUGCAGGCAAUGUUUGGGCAUAGAAGCCUGACGCAAGCCGCAUACUGGAUGGCACUUCGUCAGGAAAUCUAUCACUCGUUUACCCGACGAGAGCCUCCGCAGCUGAAUCUUGCACCGGAGCAUUGGCAGACGGCAUCCAAAGUCAACAAGACGGUGAUGCAUACCGUUCAGGUAGCCAAAUGGCAUUGGGGAGGUGGCUCGAGCGAAGAGUGGCAACGCCUUAUGCAGCGUCAGAUUUAUAUUGAGGAGGAAAUCUUGGCAGACCACCGGCCAGUGCUGCAUAGACCAGCUGACAAGGCCAAGGGCGAAAUCUUUCCAACCAUCUGGUACUCAUCCCAGUUCGAAGUAACUGCUGUGCAACAAGCCAUAAUGGCUCGAUCGAUUCUUGUUGCAGAAAAUCCCCAUCUCAAAGCACAGCCUGUCUCUCGCAAAAGCUGGCGGGAUGUAGAAAACGAGGUGCGCAUGCUGAUGCUGGAUCUUUGUGGGAUUGCCUUGUGUCACUCUGAAUGGGCUCCUGCGUUGGUCAAUGCAGGAAUCGGAAUGCAAGUCUACGGCGAGUUUUUCACAGAUCACUAUGAACGAGCAGCGUUGCGAGGAGUGGCAGAGCGGUAUGCUGAUGCGAGGGCGUGGCCGGUACAAAAGCUAUUGGAUAUGUUUACGUGAAUUUUCUAUAUACCCAGUCACCAGUUUAUAUUUUAUCAAUUUUUUCUACAUUUUAUCCCGCUAUUAUUCUUCU